CUCAUUGUAAGUAUUUAAAGCUCCUCAAUCUCAGAUCUAACCUUAAUUUAAAUUAUAACGAUAAAAAGACGUGGUGUUUAUUAAAUCUAUUGAACUGAUCUAAUAAUGAUUCGCAAUUAUUAUAUGACUGGAGUAAACACCGAAAUAAAAUAAUAAAUUAGAUAUUUGAUAGAAUUAAUAGUAUUUCAUUUUAUAUGUAUUUCGACUAUAAUUAUUUAUUUCAUUAUAAUAAAUGUUUAUGACUUGUAGGUUUACAUUAACCUUACGAGUAUAGUUAAUACAACCAGCAAAUUCACAUUUGACAGGUGACAGCAGUAGUUUGUAUCAGUUCGUUAAAAUGGGUGAUCGUAAAGGUUAACAAAAUUUAUCUCAUCAUAGCAAAAAUGAUUUAAUUUAAAACACAAUUUUGAAAAUGGCACAAAGUAAACAUACACCACAAGAAUAUAUUAAAAAUGCUUUUAAACCGCAGGUAGGAGCAUUAUGCAGUUCAGCUGCUGCUCAGAUAUGUAGGAAAAAUAAUCUUUCAUUCACAGAGAUGAUUCAACCCUUCUGUAGGCUGGGUAGUGAUGUGUUUUACAAAGAUUUUUCUGGACAAAUAGUUACAGUGCAUAACUUGGAGAUAACUGUACAGGAUGUUAAUUUUCAACCAAUUAAUCAAACAUUAGCAAGAAAACUUCUUAAUGCUUCCGUUAGUCAUGCAUCUGAACCAAGAUCCCAUCAAAUUCGUAUUAAUGAGUAUGUCCUAAAUGUACCGAAUACAGCUCCAUGGUUUGAAGAAUGGAGAGAUACAUUUUUACAAAUGCAAUACCCAUCUGAUCACGAAUUUACGAAGCAUUAUUUGUCAUGUUUCUUUAUAAUGUCAUCCUCAGAUAAUCUUAAUGACACCAUUAAUGAACUCAAUCAACUGUUAAAAGUUAAUCAGAAUGAAAAACCUAAAUAUAUUCCUAAGUGGUUUUUUCAAGAAGUUUUGAAAUAUUAUGUUAUUAUUCAUGAUAAUUUUGAUGGUGACAGUGCAAAUGUUAGUAAAGAAUUGGAAUAUUUAAAGGAAACUUAUGGUGUGAGUAAUUGUUUCUUAUUGCGCAUGAAUUCAAGACCGCCAGGUCAAAUAAAUGAACAACUGCCAGAUCCAUGGAGUCAAUUUUUAACUUCUAAGAUUAAAUAUCCUGUAAAAAACAAUGUGGUAGACAGUUCAGUUAUAACACAUGUAAAGGAAUCAUUACAGGAAUCUGAUAAGAUUGAAAAUAGGCUUCCUUAUCAUCCACUUAGUCCUGAUACAGAUGAUAAGACAGUGAGUGAUGGUAAUACAUCUGAUGAGCAGGACAGUACUAUUGUUCAUGGUUGUUGUUUGUCACCUGAAGAUGUUGAACAAAUUAAGUUAUUAAUCCAUGAAUUUUGCACUAGAGCAUUGGUGCCUUAUGUUGAGAGAAAAAUUAAUCAAUUGCAGCAGGUCUUUGUUAACAAAAGCUUAACCAGUAGUACAUUCUUGAGUGAUCCACGAAAAUGGUUUAAAUCCACAAAACCCAGCAAAAGUAACACUGCCACUGAUGUGUUUAUUUAUAAACCUGAUUCACCUGAAUUAUUAAUGAGAAAACUGGGUGAUCUGUGUUUUAUGUUUGGAAAUUAUUCUGGAGCAAUGCAAGCAUAUAGUUAUUCUAGAAAUGAUUUUUUACGUGAUGGAGCAUUAUUAUAUUAUGCUGGAGCUGUGGAGAUGUACAUUUUGUCAGCAUUUUUAGCAUCUGAGCCACCAAGAAAGGUUUUUAGAGACAUGGAGGAAAGUAUAAGAACAUAUCUAGAUACUUGCAAAAUGCCACAGUUUGCAACUAGAGCUACUCUUCUUAUAUUUGAAUGUCUCAAGGGUCACAAUUUGUAUGGAGAAGCUGCCCAUCAGUUAAUUAGAAUGACAAGUGAAGAUUCAGACCUUCGCUCUGCUCUAUUAUUAGAGCAAGCUGCUUACUGCUUCUUGAAUGCUGUUCCCAAACUAGUUCGUAAAUAUGCAUUCCACAUGGUGCUUUCUGGUCACAGAUUUUCAAAAGCACUUCAAAAAAAACAUGCUCUGAGGUGUUAUAAUCAGGCACUACAAGUUUUUAAGAAAAGGGGUUGGAAUUUAGCUGAAGAUCAUAUCUAUUUAACCAUUGGUAAACUUGCCACUGCUUUAAAUUUAUUAGAGGAAGCUUCAGAGGUAUUUUCACUAUUAAAUAUUGAAAGUAAACAAAGUCCACAACAGCAAGCAAUUUUUUUAAGGGAAUUUUUAGUCAUUAGAAAUUCUCUUCUGAAAAAAGAAAAUAAGAAUAGAGCAGAGGAUCUUCCUUUACCAUUACUAGACUGUGAUAAUAUUAAAAUUUUAGUGGGUCCAGCGCCUCCUUUAUCAAUUCCAGGCAGGACCCCUGCUUUAGGAAUUACAUUUUCUAGUUGUUAUGAUCAAGAGACCAGUCAAAAAUGGACUAAGUUAGAGGAGAUGGUGGUCCAAGAAGCUAGAGGUUCUUUGCCUUUGCUUUUUAAGCCGCUUGUUACUUUGUAUACUAAGAGUAAUAUCGGUAGCGUAGAAGCGGUUGCAAUAAUGGGAGAACCUAUUCAGAUAUCAAUAAAAUUAACAAACCUUUUAGAUAUAGUUUUGUAUCUUAAAGACAUUCACUUGCAUUGGAUUUUUUAUGGUGAUGAUGAUACAGAAAUAACAAAUAGCAAUCCCAGUACAAAUCCAGAUAAUUUUGUUAAGACUUUUGUUAUAAAGGCCUGCACAUUACAAAUGAAGAGUAGUGAAGACCUUAUUCUAUCUGUUAUACCUUUUUCUGUAGGUAAAAUCGUUUUUAAAGGGGUAGCAUUUAGUUUAUGUAACUCUUUAGUUCCUGAGGAAGGAAUUACGUUGCUAGGUGAGCAACGAAUUAUUAUGAAAGAUAGAAGCUUAAAUAAAAAAGGAAACGAUGAACAAAAAUUUGAAAAAGAAAUCAAAAUACGAAUUGUACCGUCUGCACCUUGUUUACAAGUCAGUUUUCUUGAAAUUAACACUGAAAUGUUGUGCGAUGAGCUUCAAAAAAUUCCAAUGGAAAUUAAAAAUGUCGGAAAUAGUUCUAUAGAUAAAAUUUAUAUGGCCACAUCUACUCCUCAAUUAAUUUCAAUUUCUGAGUUUAAUAAUAAACCAUGGAGUAAUCGUGAAAGUGAUUUAAAAACGCCGGCAGCCAGAGAAAAGGAAUUAAGGAGACUUUGUGUUACUCAACUACCAUUGCAAGGAGAUAAAUUGGAUCCUGGACAAUCUAAAUCGUUUAAUAUAUGGAUAAAAGCUCCGAGCGAAAAAGGAACCAUAAACAUCGAUAUACUAAUUUACUAUGAAAAUUUAAGUAAUUCAAAUAUGCCAAAAUACAGACUGGUACGACAUACUUGGAUGUUAAAUACACAAGAAACGCUUUCGGCAAAGGUGCUAUGUCAAGGAAGUUUUAGUUCAAAGUCUGUGGAACAGUUGUCGCUUUCAGCAAAAAUUACUAAUUUAAAUAAGUUUCAUGAUCUUAAAAUAAUUAACGUAUCACUUGUAAAAGUAUUACUUUUAAGUUCUGAUUGGCUUCUUUUAAAAGAUUUAGAACUACCAAAAACAUUAAGAAUUACAUCAGAACAAUCAAUUCAUUUGUUACUAAAAGCUAGAAGAAACAGCAAAAGAGAAGAAAUUUAUUCUGAAAUAAUCCUUGAUCCCGAAACAUUUAGACCCUUACUUUCGAAUAGUGUUUGUUUAGAUUUAGCUAUUAAAAAUUUUGAACAGCAUGUGUCCUUUUUGGAUGAGUUUGUUAGUCAAGACGCGGGUCGGAAGAUACAUUCUCCAAACCAAUUAGUGUUACAGUGGAAGGCUUCAGUAUCUGAUAGUUCUGGUCAAAAAAAGAAUAUCAUCGGACAGACAACGACACCUUUAUCGUUUAAAGAUGAAUGCGAUAUUGAAACGUCAUUAUCUUAUGAAGUUAAUCAAACAUUAGAUUUAACAGUAUCAAUAACUAAGAGUAAUGUUUCAGUAGAAACAAAAAAGAAUCAAGUAUUCUUAAGUUUAUUGCAUCCCAUCUCUAUCCGGCACGAUUUUAAAAAUAAGAAGUUUUGUACAAUUCCUGUUCAAAUUGUUCUUCAUAACGUCGUGGAUGCAGAAAUGGUAGUUACUGUAAACACUUUGGGAAGUAGUAGUGAUUCUCCUCCUCUAUCGUUUAGACCAAAUUUUUAUUACCAGUACCCAUCUAAAUAUUUCAGAUGGAUAGGUAAAAGUAGUGCUGUGAAAUCUUUAAUGCCUUUUAGUUCUGAAAUACUUUCAAUGCAUGUAGCCGUUUUCGGACCAGGUACUUAUGAUUUAGGGUCGCGAUUAGAAACGUGGUGUCACGAAAAAGACAAUCCCGAUAAUAUGGUGCUUCAAAAUUAUCGGGCAGAAUCUGCUCUAAUAGUUCUAAACGGUUCAACAUAAAACAACUGUACCUCACAAAUAAUAUUUUGUUUGUUAUUAAAAAUUAAAUCUGUUUUUGAUGUUUCCAAUAAUUUGUAUAUUACAUUUUGUAUUAUACAUCACAAGUAGCAAAUACUGAUAGUAACUAUUCAUCUUAUAUUAACUCAAAUUUUAAAUGUUUUUUAUUAUAUGUUAAUACUUUGCGUUAUAAAUGGCCGCAUUAUUAAUUCAUUUUUAAUAAGUGAAAGAAAAAUAAAAAAUGUGCAUAUAUUAAGUCAGCCUUAUCUUCAUCUUUUUGGAUGUUCGGUUUUAUUUAUUGUUAUAAAUGUACAUAAUUAUACCUUUGCAGAUUGUUGAUGUAUCGAUUGGACACAUAUAUUGAAAACGUAUUAGUUAAAAAAACUCA